AUGUCUGCUCCUGCCCAGAAGUUCAAGGUCGCCGACAUCUCCCUGGCCGCCUUCGGCCGCCGGGAGAUCGAGCUGGCCGAGAACGAGAUGCCCGGCCUGAUGGCCACCCGCAAGAAGUAUGCUGAGGACCAGCCCCUGGCUGGCGCCCGCAUUGCCGGCUGCCUGCACAUGACCAUUCAGACUGCCGUCCUCAUCGAGACCCUGACUGCCCUCGGCGCCGAGGUCACCUGGACCUCAUGCAACAUCUUCUCCACCCAGGACCACGCCGCCGCCGCCAUCGCCGCCGCCGGUGUCCCCGUCUUCGCCUGGAAGGGCGAGACUGAGGACGAGUACAACUGGUGCCUCGAGCAGCAGCUCGGCGCCUUCAAGGACGGCAAGAAGCUCAACCUCAUCCUCGACGACGGCGGUGACCUGACCCACCUCGUCCACGACAAGUACCCCGACAUGCUUAAGGACUGCUACGGCGUCUCCGAGGAGACCACCACCGGUGUCCACCACCUCUACAAGAUGCUCAAGGACGGCCAGCUCCUCGUCCCCGCCAUCAACGUCAACGACUCGGUCACAAAGUCAAAGUUUGACAACCUCUACGGCUGCCGUGAGUCCCUCAUCGACGGCAUCAAGCGCGCCACCGACGUUAUGAUUGCCGGCAAGAUCGCCGUCGUCGCCGGCUUUGGCGACGUCGGCAAGGGCUGCGCCCAGGCCCUGCACGGCAUGGGUGCCCGUGUCAUCGUCACCGAGAUCGACCCCAUCAACGCCCUGCAGGCCGCCAUGGCCGGCUACCAGGUCGCCCCCAUGGACAAGGUCGCCAGCAUCGGCCAGAUCUUCGUCACCACCACCGGCUGCCGUGACAUCCUCGUCGGCAGGCACUUUGAUGCCAUGCCCAACGACGCCAUCGUCUGCAACAUCGGCCACUUCGACAUCGAGAUCGACGUCGCCUGGCUCAAGGCCAACGCCAAGAGCGUCCAGAACAUCAAGCCCCAGGUCGACCGCUACCUGAUGAAUUCCGGCCGCCACAUCAUCCUCCUUGCCGAGGGCCGUCUCGUCAACCUGGGCUGUGCCACGGGUCACUCCUCGUUUGUCAUGUCUUGCUCCUUCACCAACCAGGUCCUUGCCCAGAUCAUGCUCUACAAGAACGAGGACAAGGCCUUCGGCGAGAAGUACGUCGAGUACGCAAAGUCGGGCAAGCUCGAGAAGAAGGUCUAUGUCCUGCCAAAGGUCCUCGACGAGGAGGUUGCCCGCCUGCACCUGGCCCACUGCAACGUCGAGCUCACCGAGCUCACCCCUGUCCAGGCCGAGUACCUCAGCCUCCCCAACGAGGGUCCUUACAAGAGCGACCAGUAA